UCCAGGCCGCGGUCGCGGUGGCGAGGCAUGGAGCCUCUGCGUGUCUUGGAGCUGUAUAGUGGCAUUGGUGGCAUGCACCACGCGCUGCGAGAAAGCUGUAUCCCUGCGCACGUGGUGGCUGCUAUUGAUGUGAAUACUGUUGCUAAUGAAGUAUACAAGCAUAAUUUUCCUCACACACAAUUACUGGCAAAGACUAUCGAAGGUAUUUCACUGGAAGAGUUUAACAAGCUAUCUUUCAAUAUGAUUGUAAUGAGCCCUCCCUGUCAGCCAUUCACAAGAAUUGGCCUACAAGGGGAUAUGACUGAUCCAAGGACAAAUAGCUUCUUGUACAUUCUAGAUAUUCUCCCAAGAUUACAAAAAUUACCCAAGUAUAUUCUUCUAGAAAAUGUUAAAGGUUUUGAAGUAUCAUCUACAAGAGAGCUGCUGAUACAAACGAUGGAAGCCUGUGGUUUUCAGCAUCAGGAGUUUCUGUUAUCUCCGUCCUCCCUUGGUAUUCCAAACUCGAGGCUACGAUAUUUUCUCAUUGCAAAGCUUCAGUCAGAGCCUUUACCUUUUCAGGUUCCUGGUCAGAUACUGAUGGAGUUUCCUAACAGUGCGACUCUACAGCCACAAGCCUGUUCAGUCAUUGCAGAAAAUAAGCUCCGAGCGGAGAGUCCUGAACCAAGCACCUGCUUUGAUGGCAGCACACAGUGUUCAGGAAAAGAUACCAUUCUUUUUAAGCUUGAAACUGCAGAAGAAAUCGACAGGAAGCACCAGCAGGACAGUGACCUCUCUGUGCAGAUGCUGAAAGAGUUUCUUGAAGAUGUUGACCCAAGCCAGUACUUUUUACCACCAAAGUUGUUGCUGCGAUACGCUCUUCUACUAGAUAUCGUUACGCCCACCUCCAGAAGGUCCAUGUGCUUUACCAAAGGGUAUGGAAGCUACAUUGAAGGGACAGGCUCAGUGUUACAGACUGCAGAGGAUGUUCAGAUUGAGAAUGUCUUCAAAUCUCUUAAUAAUUUGCCCCCGGAAGAAAAGAUAGCUAAGUUGUCAACGCUCAAACUGCGAUAUUUCACGCCUAGAGAAAUUGCGAAUCUGCAGGGAUUUCCUCCAGAAUUUGAGUUUCCCGAGAAGAUAACAGUGAAGCAGCGGUACCGGCUUCUUGGCAACAGUCUCAAUGUGCAUGUGGUGGCCAAACUCCUCACAGUCCUGUGUGAAUCAUUUGGAAGUACCUCCAAUUCUAGACAGUGAUUCUAAAAUUCUAUUUUGAGCAAAUUCGUAUAAAAUUUAAAUUAGUUUCAUAGCAUUUUAAUUGGAAAUUUAUGUAAUGCAUGUCAGAUUGUUUUCUUAAAUAUAUAUUACCAUAUCCCCAAAAUUUCACUUUGUUGUUUUGCCCUAUGGGCAAAUAUUUUUAUAAAGUUUUUAAGUAUGUGUAUGAAAUAUGUUUCACAUGCUACAAAUUAAGGAUGUUUAAACUUUUAUAUCUAUUUUAGUACUUUAUAUAGUAUGGCAUGAAUAAUAUAAUGAUCAUUAGAAAAUCAUUUUUGUACGUUAAUUUUCAAGUUGUUUUAUGUAACAUGGAGAAACCAAGUGUACCUGGAAGCAUCAUCCCUUCUGACUAGAUUCCAUAGUGUUAGAAGGUGCUGUGCAUGCUAUGGAAGGGAGAGAUUGUCAUCAUUCUUAACCAGCUGGGAACCCUGUGAGCUGCAGUGAUGACUGCCCUGUUAGCGUAUGUCCACGAGUGCUAUGGGAACAACCAGCUGCUCUCCGAGUUGAUUUAAGGCCUGAUCAAUGAGAUGGAACCCAUGCCUGGCACUGUUAUCUGGCUCAGCACCCUAUGGCUAGAUAGGUCAUGGAACCUAGGGGUGAUCUACUACCAUUAUUUUGCUAAAUGGGCAUAGUAUUAAGUCAUUCCUGAUGGUUUAUUAUUAUAGAUUAGUGUUGCCCUCAAUACAGGGAAUAUGCUUCUUUUGGUAGAUGGCAAUAUAGAAACUCAAAACUGCUUACCAUGCAGAGACUGAAAGACGGUGGGGAGCUCAGUGCUAAGUGGGACAUAGCACCUCCUUUCUGCCAAGGUUCAGGGAUCCCUGCAGAAGAGGGAGCAGAAAGGCUGUAAUACCCAGAAGUGGUUUAAGAAACCAGUGUUUCCAGGCAGAGCAGGACAGCUGUACAUAUGAACUCAUAGCCAUUGUGACAGCAUGCACAAAGCCUGCAUGAGCUGAAAUCCGCACAGGACCCCAGCACGGAGAGUGCUGAGAGUGCCAAAGUGGACAUCGAGUCCCACGCUAGCUGAGAAGCUACCUGCAGUUGAUAGCUGCUGGGAGAGAGGCCAUUUUCCUCAAGGGUGUGGUUGCUGGUACGUGAUUCACACUCAUGGCAGACUUAUACUCAAGAAUGUCGGAGCAACACAAUUGGACUUGAUUGUUUUGUUUUGCUUCUCCACUCCCAUCCCCCUCCCCCCCACACACAGAGUUUCUCUGUGUAACAGCCCUGGCUGUCCUGGAGCUAGCACGUAGACCAGGCUGGCCUUGAACUCACAGAGAUCCACCUGCCUCUGCCUCCUUAUUGCUGGGAUUAAAGGCGUGGGCCACCUCCCUGUCCCCUGCCACCCCCACUCCCACCCCUGCUGAUUUAAUUGGUUUUUAAGAAGACCCAAAGGGAGGAGUCAGGGAGGGAGGGUGAAUAUGAUCCAGAUAAAUCGAACAAUGUUCUCCAAGAAUUAAUAUUAUUUUAAAAAAUAAAAAAAUUGUUUUUAAAAAUCUUACUUUUUGUUAAUUUCUCCUAACUGAAAACAGAUUCUAAUUCUAGCCUGUUGAAUGCUUUACUUAAUUCUAUUAUUUUUAGACAAAAAGGCCUCAAGAAAUGCAAAUACAGAUGAAUUAUCUAUCUCUUCAUUAAUCCUGUUUGAUUUUUUUGAUACAGUGUGUCACUGUGUAGCCCUGUAGCCUGGAAUUUGCUCUAUAGACCAGCUGGUUUCUGACUGAGAGGGAUCCGACUGCCCCCACCACACACACACACAGCCUCCAGAGAGCUAGAAUUAAAGGCUGGCACUGCUAAACCCGGCCUCUCUUUAAUCUUAAUCUGAAAAUAAAAGCUCACUGUUCUGUCUUCAUUCGCACAUACUUCCUUCUAGUUUGCCAUUACCAGAGUGUUUUUGCUUUGUCAGCUUUUGGGUUAAAUUUGUCUGUCUUUACAUUCCAAGGUAUAUGACGUGGCUUAUGUGGCAGGAAGGUCAUAGAAGGAAAACUUGCCACUAUUUCUAUAUGGUGCUACCCCAUCCUUCUUUAGCUUUUUUCUGUCUCCAACCAAUGUGCUCGCGGCAUCAGUAGAUGAACAAAGUGUGGCACAUACAUACCCUGAAGAGCACUCAGUGCUCACUGGAAUGUGUGCAUGACACGUGCCAUGACCUGGAUGGGCCUUGGGAAACUGCUAAUGAAAUAAGUCAGUCAUGGAAAGACAGACAGGCUGCCUCAGUGUUUGCCUGGGGUUGGGAGUCGGUGGUUAGCAGGUGCAGAGCUGGGGAGAUUGGGAAGAUGAGAAGGUUCUGGAAGUGGAUGGCACUGAUGGUGACACACUGAAAGUGCUUAGUGCCACCAAGCUAAACACUUAAAUCUGUUGGAUGCCCAAUUUCAUGUUAUAUAUAUUGUGCUGAAAUCUUAAAAAUUGUUUUUUCUCUGAACUCAGGUAAAUAUGGUUUAUCAAAGCUAUAAAGCUGUAAGCUAUCUAUGUAGCAACAGUCACUGUCUACAUUUUAUAUAUGUUUAAAGGUGAACCUCACUAAAGGCUCAUAAUUAUGACCUGAAAUAAUCUUGGUGCACUGUCAUGCAGGUUAUCUUCACUGCUGAACGAUUCUUUAUCAAUGAGAUGGUUCAUAGUUUAACUGUAGUUAUGCUAUGCUUACAAUUAUGUGGUAUUAUAAGGUCCAAUGCCCACUGAACAGUAUUAUAGUAAGUGCUGAGUUAUAGUGUCUCAACUCUGAACACAUUUGGUAGGUCUAGGGAGCAUUCUGUUAUAAGUUGGGAAACAAAAUAGGACUUUAUAAAAGUAUUAAGGGGCUGGAGAGGUGGCUCAGCAGUUAACAACAUUUACUGUUCUUGCUGAGGACUGGGGUUGGAGUCCCACCAUGUAUGUGCUGUGUUAUAUAAUUCGAAGGUACUUCUUCCUUGCCUCGAAGUUUUAGUGCUCUAAAGGCAGCAGACUAAUGAAUAGAUGCAAAGUAAUUAAUACUAGCAAGACGAUUUACACUGGGGAAUAAUUUGGGAGAUGAGUAGUCAUCCUAGCUGUGAGAGCUGGACCAUCUGUUUGGUUAUGACAUCAUUGUAUAGACUCAUGAGUUUUCCACAAGCCAAGUCAAAACAACAAGGUCCCGGUUCUGAGGUCAGAUUGAGUAUUCAAAUGUGCUUUCCUGUGUUGUUUGUUGUUGACAGAAGUAUGUACCUAAGUGGCAGAGUGAUCUUAGCAUACUCAUAAUCCUGAAUUUAAACCUCAGUUUACAUGUGUGUGUGUGGGUCAUGCGCGCGUGCACACACACUCACAAGAAAAAGAGAAAGGAGGGAGUGGAGAUAAUGAGAAGAAUUUACAUGUAAUUUGCCCUUAGCUGGGAACUGCUCUAAUUACAUAACUUUGAAGUGCCAUUGCCUUACGACUUUGGACUUGGAGUGUAAGUCACAGGCUGAGCAGUGUCUCCAAGCCUGCCAUUAUGAUGGUUUGGGUUCUUUUUAAAAACACAACCUUUGGGCCUCUUGGCUUGUUCAUCUUCUGUCAGCAUUUACUGCCCGUGUGCACUGCAUACAGUUAUCAUGUCAAUUCGACAAGAAUCCCUGGUCUGGUAUGUUUUUCUCAUUCAUCACUUUUGUCUAGCAUGUGCCUGUAAGAUGUCGUUUGGGAGCCCCCUUUAUGUGCGUCAUAAUAAACACCACAUACACUUUCCUUCUUCAGACUAGAACAGUCAGCUGUCUGCACCAUUUUCCUUCUGUGCUACUAAAAAUUUGAAAUUUCUAAUAAAAGAAUAUUUUCCCUGAGUGUUUCUGUUUCUAUCUUUGGAACUUUUAGGAUAUUUUACUGCAAGAUAUGCAUGCUCUUCAAAUAUACAACCAUGAGUCAAACUAUACAUUUUUUGUUAGUUUUUAAAGUUUAGUAUCAAUUUAUCCUAUUUAAUCUACCUCAAGAAUUAAAAUAUUCAGCUGGACACGGUGGCACCCACCUUUAAUCCCAGGCCUAGAGAGGUAGAGGCAGAUGGAUCUCUGUGAGUUCAAGGCUGCCUGGUCCAGUGGUGAGUUCCAGGAUACCCCGGGGCAAUGUAGAAAGACUGUGUCUCAAAAAAAUAAAAAAUUAAAAUAUUCUUUACACACAGACCUAUAAAACAGUAUCUGAAGAAAAUCCUACACUUAGUACGUAAGAAUUGCAUCUCUGUGACCUCCAUGUUAAAACUCAGGCAACAGGGGCAGUCACUUGGAGGUGAGUGUACAUUCCUCAAGAAAUCCCACUGGAGUCAGCGAUUGCUCUCCAGGUGGAGUCCUCUGUGGCUCCCGAAACCCAACAUCCUUAGGAAAGAGAAGUAAUGAAUUCCUUCCUGUGGAUUCCUGACAAGAAGCCCUCCUUGAACAUAGUUUCAGGCAAGAGCAUCCCUGUUAUUAGAACCCCCAACAAAGGCGCUGGGGAAGAGUUCAGGCAAUGCUGGGUGGUGUCCAAGCAGGACUUGAUCCAUACAUGGAGCAGAUUUCAGCGUAAAACUGAAAAACUUUUAGGUUUUAGACAAAUAGCACAAUAUUUAGAAUUUUAGAGUCCUGAUAUAUAUAUAUAAAAUCAGAUACGACUUUUUCUGUUAUUUUGCUUCUAAUUUCAGUUAUACAUUAUUUCUCAAUUGUAAAAUACAAAAAUAUAAUCUUUAUACUAAGUAUUGAUUAAUGAAAUCUUUGGAGAAUUAGAAUUCUAGUGUUCCGUUGACCUGGAGUACAUGCUGGAUAUUUUUUCUCUGCCCCCUCCUUUUCUCUUUAACACUGUUAUUUCUGAAAUUUUCUACUCAGUUUGGAUCAUAGAUUCCAAAGCCUCAGAAAGCAAAGUGGAUAGUUGGAGCCUGUGGUAUUACAGAGUAACUCUCCAUUCGGGCACUGCCUCUGUUGAAACACAUAUGAAUUCUUCAGUACACUGAAUUUCGUUGUGAUAUUUUGUUACAUGUGUAUAAAAUACUUUACUUACACCCCCACCCCCGUCAGUCAUUAACCUCUUUUGUCCUUCUUAGCUUCAGAUGUAUUUGCUCAAGAAACACAAGCCUGUGCAGAAAAGUGUUUGGCCUUCUCCU